AAUAACUGGGAGAAGGGAAGUGCUGGAGUACCAUGUCUGCUGAUCUCUGACAUGUGCAAUGGAUGUUCGUCUCCAUUCUACUGUACCAGUGUUGCUAACGGCACCGCGACAUCAUCGUCGUCGUCAACGACCGGUGCAGGGGGAGGAGGAGGAGAGGGGUCGUCAAGACGAUACUGUCCCUGCUGCUACUGCGAACUAUUUUGAAACAAUUGGAUGAGAGGUUAACAAUACAGUAUUGUUUACUGCAUUAUGAUGUUACCUUGCGUACGUCUCCAUGACUACCAACAACACCCCCAAACCUGGGAGAAAAAGAAAAAGACGAAAAAAUCCAUCAAACGUCACUCCCGGCAACAACAGAAGAGGAGAGUGGUGGCCGCACCCACAAGUCACAUGACGGGUCAUCGGGUGUGUCAGUGUGUGAGGAGAGAGAAGAUGACGACAGGUCGUCUGGCAAGAAAACUGGCCCUGGUAGCCACACCCACCAAGAUCUGCCGUCAGAUUCAAAAACAGGACUGCCCAAUGAAAAAAGAGAUGCUAAAAAUGCUGAUAGUUGGCCAGAUACGCUGCGGACUCUGCUGCCAGGGAAGCUGUGGACUGGACCCCACCCUAUGACUUACCAAAUACGGUGAAUAAGACCGUGUUCAAAAAACGAGAAGAAGAAACAAAAACUUGACUAAACACUAGAAAAGAAAUAGUAGUAUAUUUAACAUUUUUUUUAGCUCUUCUGUGUUUUCAUGGAGAUUUUACUGCUGUUUUUUCUGACCAAAUCCAUGGUAAUCAAUCAAUUUUCAUCCUCUUCAUGUUGGUGCAUGGAAA